AUGGCAACUCUGCAAAAAUUCAAGCUUUUAGCGACCCAAUGUGCUGUAGCAGCUGGAAGCCCAACUCGAAGCCCAACAACUAGCCCAGUCAUUCAUCUCCGCCGCCGUAAAACUCUCCGAAUGCUCCUCACCCGCAGCGCCAGCGCCAGCAGCGACGGAGGAACUGAUCGACGGCUAUUGUCCGAGGACGAUGCGUCGCCGGAUCGGAUUUUCAGCGACGGAGAUUCGCCGGAUAAUAAGGAAGUGGUGGUGAGAAACAAGCUUAAGGAUUUGUUCGUUUCGUCGCCGGAAAAUUCGAGAGAGGGAUUUUCACCGGAAAUUUCUAGUGCCGGUGGUAGUAUCGGAUCGGGAGUCAGGAGAAUUCGGCCAUUGACGGCAACUUUCCGGCAACGGUUGCUUAGGAGGGUUUGGAGACCGAUGCUUGUGAGUAUACCUGAAUAA